AUUUAUUCUGUGCCUGCAUCUCCUGCAAAGCAGUUAAGAGUUGACGCGCAGAUCUUAAGUCAGUUUUUUUUAAACUUUUGCAGAAAAAUCUGUGAGUGAAAACUACAGAGAUGUCAACUGCUGGAAAGGUGAGAAAACAUUUAACACUUGUUUUUGCUCUCCAGAUUUGAAUAUGCCAUAUUAUAUAAUAUUGCAAAUCAAUGGCCUGUACUAUUUUAUAACGGUUGUGUGAGUUUUAUUUAUUGGGGUAUUGUUUACUGCAAUAAUUGUUUAAAUACGUUUAUACAUUUCCAACUGUUGUUAUUUAAGCCCAUAUAACAAGAACAAUUUAAAUUGGAAACAUUUAAACUUAGAUUUUCCCACUAUAUUACUGUUCAUUGUAACCAAAUACAAUAUUUCCAUGGCAACAAAUAAAACAAAAUAAAGUAAAGAGAAGAAUGAAUUCUGACAGCAAAAAAAGACAAAAAGUGUAUCCAACCCCGUCACAAUUUAUUGUGAUUUUUGUCCACUCAGACAGCUGUGUGUAUAUCAAAUCCUUCUUGAACUCUUUCAUUGUUUUCAUUUUCACAAUUCCAAAAAUGUGUACCAUUAACUGUUUUUUAGGUUUGGAUUUUUUUUUUUUACGCAACUGCCUGUUGGUAGAUAUAAUAUAGAUAAAUGCUGUGUGUUAAGAGAUUCAUGCCUUUUUUUCUAGAUUGCCCUUAAGCAAUGCAGAAAACAUACAUUUUUCAAUAAUCUGAGUAACAGGAGAAUUCAUAAUAAAACACAAUUUUUAAAUCUUUGUUAGCUUGCAAAUAAAAGUUAGAAGUCUUUCAAAUGCUUGACAUCUUUAUAUUUAUAAAUUGAAAUGUUUUAUUUUUAUAUAGUAUUAGUAAUCAUGUACAUCAAGGUACUGUGUCUUCUACAUCUCUUUACUUGGCAGAGUACAACAUUAAUAACUGUCCUUAUCAGUGCUUCCUUCGUAAAAAAAUAUGUUACACAGGCAGUGCUUUCUGUUGAAAGGAACACUGUAGCAUUAAACCUAAAUAUAUGUUUUUAAUGGUAGAGUGUUCAUCUUAAUGUUUAGAUUUAGCUUCGUGGCACUAUUUAAAAAAAAAUACAUUACUACAAAUGUUUGUUGUAUUUCAGUGCCAGGAUAGCCUCGUUGGUGCAGUGGCUCUGUAGUCGGUGAAGUUAUCAGGAAUCAUGACUUUUGUCCAAACCAAUGCUUCUCAUAGAGAAUAAUUUGUGCAUUCCACUGAUCAAAUGGUAUGAAGCACUGAAACCAAUGCUUCUCUAUAAGAGCAGUUACCAUCAUCAUGUUAAGCAUGAUAAACACAAAGAUAAAGCACCGCGCUUACAGCAGCAGUAGCUUAGUAUCCAACAGCUUAAAAUACAUAGUAAAAACAAAGAGAACGUUACCUGCGCUCUGGCCUUAAUCCCCAUGUACAUUUAAACAAAAUGGAGGCUCUUUAGUUUUAUUCCAAUAGCUAUUUGAAUAUAUAAGCUCACCUGCCACGUCAAGGCAAGCCUCAAUAGGUGAGUUCCUACACUAGCCAUCAGAUAUGCUGAUAUCAGCCAAGAAUCUCCAGUAAGACAGGAAGGGGUAUUUUAUAAACCCUUUCACAUUUAACCCUUUAUAGGGCUUCUCAGUGGUGUACUAAGAAGGGGGCGGGGGGGCGGUCCGCCCCAGGUGCCAGCAGGGUGGGGGGUGCCUUGGGAGGGGGCGCCGGCCCCCCUCCUGCUGCAGCCGCCCGAGCGCUCUGCAGAGAGCCUCGGGCGGCUGCAGCUUUGCCCGCCCGGGCGCAGCAUGGGAGAGGGGCUGACAGGAGGGAAGCGCUCAGCGCACCCUCCUGUCACUCCCUCUCUGUAGCGUGGCCGAGCCCAGUAUAGUCCGCGGGUACAGGGAGCAUCUGUCUCCUGUACCCGGCCGGACUAACAGGAAGUACACACUGAGUGUGCACUUCCUGUUAGUCCGGCCGGGUACAGGAAACAAAAGCUCCCUGUACCCGUGGACCAUACAGGGCUCGGCCACGCUACAACUGAGGUGGUGGGGGGUGAGGGUGGAAUAAGGAGAGGUGUGGGGGUCGGAGGUGGAAUAAGGAGAGGUGUGGGGGGGUGGAAUAAGGAGAGGUGGGGUGGAAUAGAAGGUGUGGGGGAUUAGGAGAGGUGUGGGGGUGGAAUAAGGGAGAGGUGUGGGGGGUGGAAUAGGAGGAGGGUGAAAUAAGGAGAGGUGUGGGGGUGGAAUAAGAGAGGUGGAGUAAUAAGGAGAGAUGGGGUGGAAUAAGGAGAUGGGGUGGAAUAAGGAGAUGGGGGUUGAAUAAGGAGAUGGGGGUUGAGAUAAGGAGAGAUGGGGAGUUAAUAGAGGAGGAGAUGGGGGUAAUAAGGAGAGAUGGGGGUGGAAUAAGGAGAUGGGGGAAUAAGGAGGGAUGGGGUAUGGGAGAGAUGGGGGUGGAAUAGGAGAUGGGGGGUAAUAAGGAGAGAUUGGGGGGGAAUAAGGAGAGAUUGUGGGGGGAUAAGGAGAGAUUGGGAGGGGGGAAGGAAAUUGGCAAGGGGGGAUAAAGAAAGAAAUUGGGAGGGGGAGAAGGAAAUUGGGAGGAGGGAAGGAAAUUGGAGGGGGGGAUAAAGAAAGAUUGGGAGAGGGGGAUAAAGAAAAAUUGGGAGGGGGGAGAGAGAAGGAAAUUGGAGGGGGGGAGAGAUUGACAUUCAUCACACAGAAAAACACACAAUGCAUUACACACACAGACACACAUACACAAGCAAUGCAACCGUUACACACAAUGCAUUCAUUACACACACUCAAGGCACCCCUUACACACACUCAAUGCAUCUCGUACAUACACAGAAACACACCUUGCAGCCCUUACACAUACAAACACAGAUUCACACAAUGCAUUCCUUACACACAUAUCAGGACAUACUCUACACAUUCCACCCCCUGUGAACAAACUCAUUGGUGGAACAUGAAGGUGGACCCAGGGACCCAGACCUUGAGCUGUGUAAAGGGCCCCCAAAAAAUGGAGCUGCUUCCCGUUCUCCCAGAACAUUGAUUUUUGUGACCACAGUUACAAACCGCCUCCAGAGAGUCUGUUCUACACCAGACCAGUGGAGCCGGACUGCAGCUAGAGCCCGUCAUCAUCCUCAUCUGGUUGUAAGUAGGCAAUCUAGUAUAUUAUUCGUGGCACUAAUCUCUAAUUUACCUCACAUUAAAGAAACACUAUAGUCCCCAGAACCACUGCAGCUUAAUGUAGUGGUUCUGAUGUUUAUAGCCUGUCCCUGCAGGCCUUUUAAUGUAAACACGACGGCACUGCAGCACUGGCGUUAGAUAACAUGGCAAAUCAUAUGGGUGGGGCAUUGUGAUGUCACAUGGGGGGGCGGCAAACUUUACUUUUGCCUAGGGAGGCAAAAAUCCUUGCACCGGCCCUGGCUGGAGGGGGCUGUGUGAGCUGUGGCCGCACAGUGCCCCAUGGUAGUUAGGAUGCCGUGCAGCCAGUACAGCUCACACAAGCAAACAGCUGAUAAACUGUCCGCACGGACAUCAGAGGCGGGACCAAACUGGCGCUGGGGGCGGGGCUUGGGGCAAGGGGGUGCCAAGCACAGGACCCGCCCCGGGUGCCAAAUGCUCUAGGUACGCCCCUGGGGCUUCUACACAUACAAUAAACUUUUCUGGUAUCAGACAAAGUGUAAACAUCUCUAAUGAGACAUGAAGGGGUGUUUUAUAAAACCCUACAUACUUAACCCUGAAUAGGGCUAUAACACAUACAAAUCACCCUGCUGGUAUCAGCUAAAAGGCAAAUUUCUCUGAUGAGACAGGAAGGGGUGCUGCCCCUACAUCCUUAUAAACUCUUAAUAAGACAAACCUCCACACAGCGUGAGGACAUCCAGCGAUGCUCAGGUUUUCUGUGCUGUAGAGCAGGAAGUGCCCUCAAGUGGCUGUCUAGUAGACAGCCACUAGAGGUGGAGUUAACCUUGCAAGGUAAUUAUUGCAGUUUAUAAAAAACUGCAAUAAUUACACUUGCAGGGUUAAGGGUAGUGGGAGUUGGCACCCAGACCACUCCAAUGGGCAGAAGUGGUCUGGGUGCCUGGAGUGUCCCUUUAACCGAGACAAGCCACAGGGAUUGAUUGAUACUUGUGUCUCCCUGGUAAAAGCACAGAUUUAACCCUGCACACGCCAAAACUGCAGAACAUUCAUGCCAUCCUAGUGGCUUUAAAGUGGCUUUAUUUUCAGGAUGGAUGGAAUGCCUUAAUGUCCUUGAAGGAUUAAGGAGUAAGCACCUCUAGUGCCAGUCAGUCUGCCAGUCAAUGGAGGAUGGUUUUGGAGAAGUGUAAACAUUGCUAUUUCUUAGAAACAGCAAUGGCUUAUAUUGAUAAAAAAAAAAAAGGCUUAUGAACAAAAUACAUUUCAUUAAAGAAACACUAUAGUGUCAGGAAUACAAAUAUUUUCCUGAUACUAUAGUGUUAAAAACACAUUAGGUGGUUGUCCCUCUCUUCGCCUAUCUUAAAAAAGUGUUAAACUCACCUUUAUUCCACCGCCGCACAGUUCCGAUGAGGCUGGCUUUGCCCCCAUUCCGCCUCCUUGGCUGAGAUCAUGAAAAUUAACUCUCUCAGUCAUUCCGAUGCUUGGGAUGCUAAUGAGCAUGUGCGGCAAACCACCGCACUGCAUCAAUCAGCAUCUCCUCGUAGAGAUGCAUUGAAUCAAUACAUCUUGUUCCAAGAACAAGCCAUCAUCUAGUGCUUCCCAAUCGUUUAUGGGCCAAGACCCACUUGCAAUGCAUAUUUUAAGAGGGGAUAGCACAUCAUAGAAAUCAGAUUUAGAUGAAUAAAAUAGUCACACCAUGGCAAUCAGCUUUAAAUAAAUACAAUUGACACAUCAUGGCAAUCAGCUUUGGAUGCAUAAAACGUGCACGUCAUGGCCAUCAAUUUUAGAUGCAUAAAUUGGCACACCAUGGCAGUUUUAGAUGCAUAAAAAUGACACAUCGUGACAAUCAGUUUUAGAUGCAUUAACCUGGCAUAAAGUGCUCAAAAUAUAGUCCCCAUCUGUUGGAGAACUCCAACAAUGCUAUGCCAGCUGGGGAUCUACCAUUUGCCCAUACUUGCAGGGUUGCAUUUGUGAGUGUUUGUGCGUUUGAAUAUAGUCGUUUUGAAUGUUUUUGUGUGAAAUAUAUGUGUGUGUGUGUAGGGUUGUAUUUGUCUGUACUGUGGCCAUUGUAAAGUAGUGGUGUACUUGUGUGUAGUGUUUGCGUUUGAAUGCAAUGGUGUGUUUGUAUAUACAGGGAGUGCAGAAUUAUUAGGCAAGUUGUAUUUUUGAGGAUUAAUUUUAUUAUUGAACAACAACCAUGUUCUCAAUGAACCCAAAAAACUCAUUAAUAUCAAAGCUGAAUAUUUUGGAAGUAGUUUUUAGUUUGUUUUUAGUUAUAGCUAUGUUAGGGGGAUAUCUGUGUGUGCAGGUGACUAUUACUGUGCAUAAUUAUUAGGCAACUUAACAAAAAACAAAUAUAUACCCAUUUCAAUUAUUUAUUAUUACCAGUGAAACCAAUAUAACAUCUCAACAUUCACAAAUAUACAUUUCUGACAUUCAAAACAAAACAAAAACAAAUCAGUGACCAAUAUAGCCACCUUUCUUUGCAAGGACACUCAAAAGCCUGCCAUCCAUGGAUUCUGUCAGUGUUUUGAUCUGUUCACCAUCAACAUUGCGUGCAGCAGCAACCACAGCCUCCCAGACACUGUUCAGAGAGGUGUACUGUUUUCCCUCCUUGUAAAUCUCACAUUUGAUGAUGGACCACAGGUUCUCAAUGGGGUUCAGAUCAGGUGAACAAGGAGGCCAUGUCAUUAGAUUUUCUUCUUUUAUACCCUUUCUUGCCAGCCACGCUGUGGAGUACUUGGACGCGUGUGAUGGAGCAUUGUCCUGCAUGAAAAUCAUGUUUUUCUUGAAGGAUGCAGACUUCUUCCUGUACCACUGCUUGAAGAAGGUGUCUUCCAGGAACUGGCAGUAGGACUGGGAGUUGAGCUUGACUCCAUCCUCAACCCUAAAAGGCCCCACAAGCUCAUCUUUGAUGAUACCAGCCCAAACCAGUACUCCACCUCCACCUUGCUGGCGUCUGAGUCGGACAGGAGCUCUCUGCCCUUUACCAAUCCAGCCACGGGCCCAUCCAUCUGGCCCAUCAAGACUCACUCUCAUUUCAUCAGUCCAUAAAAACUUAGAAAAAUCAGUCUUGAGAUAUUUCUUGGCCCAGUCUUGACGUUUCAGCUUGUGUGUCUUGUUCAGUGGUGGUCGUCUUUCAGCCUUUCUUACCUUGGCCAUGUCUCUGAGUAUUGCACACCUUGUGCUUUUGGGCACUCCAGUGAUGUUGCAGCUCUGAAAUAUGGCCAAACUGGUGGCAAGUGGCAUCGUGGCAGCUGCACGCUUGACUUUUCUCAGUUCAUGGGCAGUUAUUUUGCGCCUUGGUUUUUCCACACGCUUCUUGCGACCCUGUUGACUAUUUUGAAUGAAAUGCUUGAUUGUUCGAUGAUCACGCUUCAGAAGCUUUGCAAUUUUAACAGUGCUGCAUCCCUCUGCAAGAUAUCUCACUAUUUUUUACUUUUCUGAGCCUGUCAAGUCCUUCUUUUGACCCAUUUUGCCAAAGGAAAGGAAGUUGCCUAAUAAUUAUGCACACCUGAUAUAGGGUGUUGAUGUCAUUAGACCACACCCCUUCUCAUUACAGAGAUGCACAUCACCUAAUAUGCUUAAUUGGUAGUAGGCUUUCGAGCCUAUACAGCUUGGAGUAAGACAACAUGCAUAAAGAGGAUGAUGUGGUCAAAAUACUCAUUUGCCUAAUAAUUCUGCACUCCCUGUAAUGUUUGUAUUUUAAUAAAGGGAUGUGUUUGUAUGCAAUGUUUGCGUUUGAUUGCAGGGACGUGUUUGGAUGUAAUGUUGGCUUUUAAAUGCAAAUGUACAUUUGGGUGUAGUAUUGGUUUAUGAGUGAAGGGGUGUGUUUGUAUAUAAUUUUGGAGUUAAAUUGCAGGAGUGUGUUUGCUUGUUGUGUUGGUGUUUCAUUGCUUGGAUAUAUGAACUUACACUGCCGCAUACAUACUUACACAGAUACAUAUACACUUUAACACACAGAUACAUACAUAUAAACACACUGACACAUACACACAAAUUCUUAUACACACUGACAAACACACACUUGGAUACACCCUGACACUCGGAUACACACACACACACAUACAUACACACAUGCACACCCUGACACAUGCACACACACAGAUACACACACUGACAUAUACACACACACACUGAUACACACCCUGACAUAUACACAGGGCCGCCACCAGAUAUUUUGGGGCCCCUAACUCAGCUCAGGCUCUGGGCCCCUGGGGGCCCGCCACCAACCCCGCCAACAGGGACUGCCUCCAAAUCCCGCCCACAGGAAUACACAUACAGACACAAACACACACUGAUACAAAAGGACACAGAUACACAGGGCCCCCAUUAGGGGGUGACAACCAUGAUGGUUGUCAUGGCCCAGCGGCCCUGGCGGGCCUGGCCGCCCAGGCCCCACGUGUAGCGGCGGAACUGCCGCCAGUGCAUUUAGGGCCACCCAAUGGGCUCUAUAUCUUCAGGGACCCUGUCAGCGCUGUGGCCGUGUAAUAGCGCGACUGGGUCCCUUUAAAAAAAAAAAAUUGCAGCCGCAACGCAAGUGCUGGGAGGAAGUGAUCACUUCCUCCCAACUCACUCUGCGCGGGAGGAGAGCCAGCCAGGCAGUGAAGAGGGAGAUCGGCGCCGACUCCCAUCAGCCACAGCCACCAUCCUGCAAAGAAAAAGUAAGAAACAGGAGGGUGGCUGGAAAAUGAGCUCUGUGUGUGUAUGUAUAAAUGUAUAAAAAUAUAUAAAUGGGAAAUCGAUCUCCACCAUAUAACGUCCACCAAAGUUGGCGUCACUGGUGGAGAUAGAUCUCCCCAGUACCAAGAGCAGACUCCAGGGGUCUCCAGGGGCCUAACCCCAGUUAAUUCAAAGAAAAGAAAAGAAAACAAACACAGAGCAUACAAAUGUUAAAAAACAGAUGUAUGGAACUGUGUAUAUCUGGAGAUAAAAAAUAGUCUAUAUCAAAUUUAAGCGUGUUAAAAAGUUAUUAGCUCUCUCUUUAUAACACGCUUAAAUUUGAUAUAGACUAUGUAUAAAUGUAUGUCUGUGUGUAUGUAUGGAUGUCAGUGUCAGUGGGUAUGAAUGUUUGUGUGUGUGUGUGUGUGUGUGUAUGUAUGUAUGUAAGUAUGUAUGUCUGUAUGUAUGUCUGUCUGUCUGUAUGUAUGUCUGUAUGUCAGUAUGAAUGGAUGUCAGUGUAUGUAUGUCAGUAUGUCUGCAUGUAUGUCUGCGUGUCAUUAUGAAUGUAUGUCUGUGUGUGUGUAUGUAUGUGUGUAUGGUUGUAAGUGUCUGCAUGCAUGUAUGUCAGUACGCAGUACUGACAGUCAUACAUGCAGACACAUACAUACAUUCUGAUAUACGUACACACGUACACCUCAUUUUUCAGCCACCCUCCUAUUCCUUACCUUUAAGUUGCAGGAGGGUGGCUGGGGAUAAUGGGAGCGGAUGCCUCAGUUCUCCUCUCCUCUGCUCGGGUGUCUCUCCCCCCGCACGGAGUAAGCUGGCCGUCACUUCCUCCCAGCAGCAUUUGAGGUGCAACCGUAUUUUUUUUUUUUUUUAAAAGGGGCCCGGUCGCGCUAUUACAGUGUUGACCGGGCCCCUGAAGAAAUAGGGCUCAUCAGAUGGUCCUAAAUGCUUGGGCCACCUGCUGGGCCCCGGUGCAGAUGCACCUGCGGCAGUUUUGCUGCUCCACGUGGGGCCAGGGCGGCCGGGUCCCCCAGGGAUGCCGGGCCCGUGACAACCAUCAUGGUUUUCACCCCCUGAUGGUGGCCCUGCCAAUGAUAAUAAUAUAUAAAACUUCCACCUUCCUAAGACUAUCAGCUUGCAUAGUUGCUUGUUACAUAUUUAAUUUCAUAACAAUUAAGUGCUUUCUGGUUUCCUGAUUCGUCUCUCAUAUGGGAAUAUUCUUGAUUUUGGCACAGUUGACUUUUGUUUGUUACAUAGUUGUGCACAUUUACAUGUUGGCAGGCCUUUCUCUUAAACUGAGAAUUUCUUUCAUUAAACAUAGCCAUCCUAAGUACCAGUCUACCUUUUACUAUACAAAAAUAAAUAAAAUGAACAAACAAAAAUGAGAAUAUAUAACAGGUUAGCAGCCCAGUUCCUAUCACUGGCUCAUCUUCAUUACCUGCUGAAGAAGGUGUCCCAAUAGGUGUUCUCUGUAGUGGUUUUGGUGCUCGGAUAGUUUUUUUUUUUUUUUUUUUAAAUGUUAUCAAUAGUGACAUAUUCUUACUCACAAAAUAAAAAGUCAGAAUAAUACAAAAAACAAACUCUUGUUUAAGUAGUCUUAAUCUGAGUGGGGUAAACAUUUUAAACAACACUUUUUGUUAUGUUUGCACGCACUUUAUUGAAUAGGCAGUGUGUAAGUGUGAAGUUACAAGAAAUAAAAUAAUGGCACGGAUCUUAGGCUGAGUUGCUAAGGUAAGCAGUUGCCCAACAUAUUAACUUAGUCUACCUAUCAUUUGUCAUAUGUUUAAAUCCUUUAAUCAAUACAAAUCAUGAAUGUUUAUUGCAAAGCCUCAUGGAGAAAAACAUACUGCGUUAAAAUUCAGUGUAGGCUUUGAUAUAUCAAAUAGCUUGAUGAAAUGGAAAAUAUUCUGUACACAUACAAAAAUAAGGCUGUUUUGUGUGCAGUGUGCAAUGUCCUGCCAAUUUACUAUAGCUUUCAGCCAUGAAAACAAACAUUUGGAAAAGAGGGAGGCACCAAGGGUGUGCUUGUUUUGUUUUAGAUAUCUCCAGCUCGCACACAGCCGUUGAGGUUAUGUAAGGAUAAGCCUCAAUUGAAUACUACAGCAUACUGGGUGAACAGGGCAAUAUUUGUCAAGUGGCAAGAAAUCUAUACAGGCAGUAAAACAACAUUGCAGUGACAUUUUAUAUGCAGUACGGGCAUUUUAAUAAAACAGUGAGCCAUACACACAGAGAGCAUUCUUUACACAUGCAAAAACAAAAGUCUUCUGUGCUGCAUCCUGGCAUUAUACUAAGGCUGCUAACAAUGAAAACAGAAAUCUAGGAGGAGAGGGCAUUUACGCUAUUAUAUAUUGGAUGCAAGCAUGUGUUUUUUACAUGAGGUUGCUCAAGGACACAAUACUGUGGAUGGAGAUCAGUAGAACAGUGCAUUUUUGCACUUUUGGACAAAAUAACUAUCAGAAGAAAAUGACAGUUGGCAAAAAAAAUAAACAAUCGACAUAAAAUGAAAACCUUGAUGAGAGAUAAAAUAUAUAUAUGUAUAUAUUUAGAUUAAACUUUUACUGAACCAACCCACCAUUGUUGAAUGUAGUCACCAUUGUUGAAAGUUUUUUGUUUUUUUUUAUGAAAAAAUAAAUAAAUAAAUAUAAUAUAUAUAAUUUGUACAAUUUUAAUUAUGUCACAAUUUAGAAUUUCAAAUGUUGGGGGUUUAUGUUCUAAACAGUGGAUUCUUUUUUGUUUACAAUUAAAUUGCUAAAAUUCAGAUGAGAAGUGAGGAGUAUAAAAGAGAUUGGGUAAAUUAGCUGAUGUUGCACAUUUUUUAUAUUUAUUUUAUUAAUUUAUUUAUCAAUCUUUUUUUUUUUUUUACAAAAAAAAUGCAUUUUGGUAAUUACACUCCUAUAUGUUUUUUUUUUUUUUUUGCUGCAUAUAUUUUCCAAUGUUAAAUGAAUAAGAUAAAUGUUUUAAAUAAAUGAUUUAUUUAUUCCUCAGAAAUAUAAAUUAUUUAACAAUGAAAUAGUUGUAUAACUAUAUUGUAUAUUUGCUUCUAGGUAAUCAAGUGCAAAGCAGCUAUUGCCUGGGAGGCUAGCAAACCUCUUGUAGUUGAGGAAAUUGAGGUUGCUCCACCAAAGGCUCAUGAAAUCCGUAUCAAGGUACAGUAUAUAAUUUUUUUUAUUAUUUAUGUGUUUAUCAGUGAAAUACAUUGUCUCCUUUGAAAAUGUUUCAACAACUAAAACAGACACAGACAGAGGAUAGAUGGAUGGAUAGAUAGAUAGAUAGAGACAGACACACAUACGGACGGACAAACAUUUUUGAGCAGGCAUGCCACACGACUUAACAUUGCUUGUUAUUUUAAAAUUUUAUUUUCAGAUUUGUGCAAGUGGCAUUUGUCACACCGAUGACCAUGCCCUGGGAGCGCAUAUGGCUGGCAUGAAAUUUCCAGUCAUUUUAGGACAUGAAGGAGCUGGCAUUGUUGAGAGCGUUGGUGAAGGAGUGACAUGUGUGAAGCCUGGUAAUAUCAGAUUACAACAAGUACAAAUUGUACUUUUAUACUCCUUGAAAAAUCAUUUAACAACUUCACUACCAAGUACUUUUGGUUGUAAAAUGUUAGAAUAGCAUUUAUUUAAAAUAUGGAAUGUGUAGCUAGUGCCCAAUGGUAGAUUAAGCAGCACUUUUGUGAAUAGAUAACUUAGUUAUUAAGUCAAUGCAAUGUUUUUGUUUUUUUUAAUUAUUUGUUUAUUCUUUAUAAAAAUAAUGGGAGAAUAAACCAUUCUAAACAUUAUAUGUAAUAAUACUACUGUCCACCCCAGCCCGCAAUCCCACUAACAAUAUCUAGAAGAAGGUGGACAUCACAUUGUCCACCCCCUACACAAUUUUGACAAAUGUUCACCACCCUAAUCCUGAUGGAUGGGGGUCCCCAAACCCCUAGCCAUCCUACUCAAAUAAAAAAGGUCCUUCCUACACCCUCACUCAAUCAUGAUAAUGAUGUAUGGCAAUACAUCUUUUGGAAAGCAAUAUAUACUUACCAUCAGACAUCUUCUUUCGUCUUAAAUCUUUUUCUUUCCUCAGCUUCACAAAACACCCAUAACUGCUCACUGUUUAGCGAGCCAUGUGCAACAUAGCAGGAGAAGGCAUAAGGAAGGAUAAAGACAAACAGACCGUUUUUUGGUUUUUUUUUUAUUCACUUUUUUGAUGUUGUAGCUGGCUAACCCUCUCACUGCCGAGGUUUUUUUUUUUUUAAACUAUUUACUCGCUGGCUGCUAGCACAGCCACUGGGCAAAUAACAGAUUUUUUAAAUCUAGACCCAUAAUACUAUGAAUAAUGCCCAUACUUUAAAGUCUGGAUGUCCCCAUACAGCAGUGAAUAGUUUUGCCCCCUUUUAACAUGCAGUCAUUUUCAAUUUAGUGAAUAACCCAGUAAAACUUUAUUACAUUAUCCUCCUAACAUCUGGAUUUGUGAACAUGCACUAUAUCUCUGCUUGGACUUUGGUUGGGUAAUCAGUGCUUCUGACCAAACAAAAUUUAAAGAUGGCUGGUCAAUGAUAAGCCAGGAGAAAACUGAUAUUAAGAACUUACAUUUAUGUGCACUUUAUACAAGUACAAUAUACAAAAAGCCUUUAACACAUGCAAGCUUUUAUUUUAAAUUAUACAAAAAUUAUGACAAACUGUCUUAAAAUAUUUUGUUGUUUGUUACUGGUCUCUAAGAGUGAAAGUAAAGCAGACAAGGCUUUUUUUUUCAGAACGCAUGCUCCAUGAAGUCAGUGGAGCAUAUGUAUUAAAGCUAAUGGGUGGAUCUGAUGUAUUUGUACAGGAGACCAUGUCAUCCCACUUUGUAGUCCAAUGUGCAUGGAGUGUAAAGCCUGUAUGCACCCUGAGAGCAACUUCUGCAUCAAGAAUGAGUGAGUAUUAUAAGUAUAAAUAUACAAUUAAAGGAGAGCCUGCAAGAAUACAGAUGUAUAUGCAUGCUAGGAUUCUUCAGUAAUGUACAGUCUUCUUUAAAUAAAAUGAGUGAGAGCCACACUGUAAGGGAUGACAGUGUGAGUAUAGAGGGUGACAUUGUGUGUGUAGGGGGGUGACAGUGUGUGUGAGAUAGGUAAAAGUGUAUGUGUGUGGGUGACAGUGAGUAGGGGGGUGACAGUGUAUUGGUGUGUGUGGGGGGGUAACAGUGUGUAUGUGUGUCUGGGGGGCUGGCAGUGUGUGUGGCAGGUGACGGGGUGCCAGUGUGUGUGUUUUUGUGGGGGGGAUGAUACUGUGUGGAACGACAGUUGGGAGGGGAUGACAAGUAGGAGGAGGGUGACACUACAGUAUUUGGGGAGUCUGUUUCAGUGAGCAGUCUCCCCACACUAAAAUACCCUUGUGGUCAUGAUUUUUAGUCUGCUGCUUUGCGGGUUGCAGAGCUGCAGACCAUGUGUCUCACCAGGGCAGAUCCAGGCUGAUCAAGCAGUUAUGGCUGCUGGCAGGCCUCUUAAUUCCCCCAGCCCUCUGUGCUUCUGUUUCUCUCCCAACACAUUUGUGUGUCUCUUUUUUCAUUUCCCCAGCCCCGCUGUGAGUCUUUUUGCCACCCCUCCCUGUGCUUCUAGGUUCCUCUUUGUCCCACCAGCCCUUCUGUGUGUCUCUUUGUGCCCCCAGCCCCUUGUGUGUCUACAUGCCCCCCCAGUCCUUCUGUGUCCCCUGCCCAUAUGUGUGUCUCUCUGUGCGCCCCAUGUCCUCUGUGUCUUCCCCCCCCAGCACAUUUGUGUUUCUCUUUGUGUUUCUCCCCUCCUGUGCCCUCUUUAGCCUCCCUACCCUACUAUGCACUCUUUUGCCCACUUUUCUAGUGCCCUUAUGUAGCUCCCUUCUCUCCUGUGCCCUCUUUAGCCCCCUCUAUCCUCCUGUUCCCUUAUGUUACCUCCUUCCCUACCAUGCACUUCUGUAGCCCUCUCUCCUCCUGUGCCCUUAUAUAGCCCCCUCUCUCCUAUGUUCUUCUGUUGUCCUAGGCCCUCCUGUGCCCUUAUGUAGCUCUCCUUCCCUCAUGUGCCCAAUUUUGUGCCCUCCCUUCCUGUGCCCCCUUUAGGCCCUAUCUCCUCCCAAUUUUGUGCCCUCCCUUCCCUCCUGUGCUAUUCUGUAGCCCCCUCACCUCCUGUGCCCUCUUUUACCUCUUCUUGUGCCAUUCUUUUGGCACAAGAAGACUACUAUGCCCUCUUUGUCCUAUCUCCCUUCUGUGCCCUUAUGUAGCCCCCUACCCUCCUUUGCCCUUAUAUCGUCCCCUGAUUUCUGGUUCCCCUGUCUUGGCUUGUUAAAUGGUAUUUGUGUAUUUCUGGCUUCCUUGACCUUGGCUAUCCCUUGACCAUUUUCUGUCUCUAACGUAUUAGUCCAGCCAUUCUAAGGACCGGUUUACGUUCUAUGCUUUUUAUUUCCUUUCUAUUUUCUAUGUAGAUUUUACAUAGUUCUGCGUGUUGGACCACACUAGCAGUCGUGACAUCUACAAACCCUACAACCCCUAUGCUUGCUUAUACUAGCUGUAACCCUAACCUUACCCAGUGGCAACCGUACCCCACCUGACAGAGGGGGGCCUCAUGUAUCUAUUGGUACCUGAGAUUUCCUGAUGUGAGCAGGGAUUUAACCCUGCCUUAUGCCCUAACAUUCUUAAAACCAUAGUUUGUAGGAUGAUACAAUAAAACACCAUAAAGAUGUUAAGAGACUUAUUAAUAAUUUGCUGUUGACAAGUAUAUUAUAUUGUCCUUACUUGUUUGGCUGCCAUAAAUUUACUGUGUUUGUAAAAAAUAAUUUAAAUAAUCACGGUUUUUGUAUUCUACUAGCUAUAAUGAUAAUACGGCUAAAUACGUAUUUUGGGGGUGUUUAUUUUAUACAUGGUUUAGGUAUGAGUUGAUAUUAAGAUGUAACACAAUGUUUGUUUUCUUUUUUUUUAAUCACAGUGUUGGCAAGAAUGUUGGACUUAUGCUUGACAAAACCACCAGAUUUACAUGCAAAGGAAAAAUGAUCCACAACUUUAUGUCCUCAAGCACCUUCACAGAAUACACUGUGGUGGAUGAGUUUGCCAUUGUCAAAAUUGAUCCAAAGGCUCCCAUGGACCAUGUGUGCCUUAUUGGCUGUGGAUUUUCCACUGGUUAUGGAACUGCAGUGAACACAGCCAAAGUAAGCAUAGGCCUAAAAAGAUUUUCUUUUUCGUUGAACUUGGGGAUAUGUAUCCUUAUUACCCUUAGCACAGCUUUUAUUUCAGUGCAAAAAUAAAAUAGAAAUAAACCAAAGGGAAAUGGUUAUAACUAUUACCCAUACAGCUUGAGCACAAAAGUGCCUUUUUUUAAAAUAAAUACAACAAAAUACAAGGUUAUUCACUGAAGUGGAAAUUGUGGUGAAAUAUUGACAAUUCAAAGUGAAUUUCCAAUUUUAUGCCAAAAUAGUUGAAAUUCACUUUGAAUUUACUUCGAAUUCCCAACAAUUCACCCUUUGGCAAAUAACUCUGAUAGAAAAAGAGAAACAAAUAAAUGUGACAUCAGUCUAAUCUUGUGAUGUGUUUAAGUGCAAGCAAUAGUCAAAAUUGCACAAACAUAUUCAUGCAUAGUUUAUCUCCAAAUGUUGCCUUUCAAUGAUGAUACCUAAAUAAAGCCAUGAUUUAAUAUUUUUGGAUAAGAUAUUAAAAGGGUUUAAUUUUUUGGGGAGAAGCUUUUAAAAUGAUUAACUACAGGGUGUCCCAAAAAUGUAUACUUUCUUUGAAUGAUUAUAAAGUUAGUGUUUAUUAACAUACAGUUCAUUUUGAAAAUUUUAAAGAAUCUAAAGAAUUUAAUAAAUUUUUUUGUCAUUGCCUGUUUUCAAACUGAUGAAAAUGAACUGUAUGUUAAUUUUAAUAUUGUUUGGUAUAUUGGUAUAUAUAUUUAUGAUAUAUUUUUUAUAUUUUAAUAUUUUGAAAAAAAAAUAAUUUUAAAAGUUCAUCUGAAACUAUUAAAUCAUUUGAAAAGCAUAUCCAAAAUAUUAAAUCAAGGUCUAAAUAUGAAAAUAACAGUUAGGAUUAAAAGUACUAGAGAUAAAAGUAUCAAUAUAUGUUGUUACGGUACCUCCAGUAAUUAAAUGCACAAACCGCCGUUUAGUGAAUGCUCCCCGUUCGCAAUAAUGUGGUCUGGUAGCGUAGACAGUGAAACCAUGCGAACCGCCAGCUAGUGAACACUCCAAACUCCCGAACGGUACCUGUACGGCUCUUUCCCUUCUCAAGCUCCAAAUACACGAAUCGCCAAUAGCAGCCGAACGGCAAUAGUUUCCAAGCGGCAAAUAAUUCCAAUAAGUAGUCUCUAGGCGCCGGUAAUAAAAUCCCCCCAAUAACGAGACCAAGCUCCGCUUUGAGGGUAAAACACGAACUGAUUUACUGUGGGCUACCUGCCCGGUAUUUAUGCAGGUCUCCCACUUGAUGGACACUCCUCUACGGGACCAAUGGGAGACUGGAAUAACAGAAGGACAUGGGGAUAUUUCAGACAUACAUCCCCACAAUAUUCCCAGCAUGCAUCACAGUUUCCUCCACUCUGCUCGGGAGAUAAUUGGGAAGUAAUUCAAUUAUCUCCCCGAGCAGAGGCAAAUCGCCAUUUUAACUCAAAGUUAUAAAACACAUUAAAAUACAUAACUUUCUAAUUGCCGAACAUAUUGCAUUCGUGUAACACAUCCCCAGAUAGCCUGGAUCUGAGUGUAUAUUAUUGGCGAAUAGCGCUCAGAUCCCAUACGCAUAGUUCAAUCGCCAUGGAGUCAAAGUCUAUUACAGCUCUUCGGUAUGCGAUUGACUCUAUGGGAAGGCUAUCUGGGUUAAGUCCAUUCGUGUUGUUGAAUCUCCCGAACGGCCGGCAUUCGUAUGCUUUUGUCGAUUGAGAAGGGGAGGUCGACGGCUUCAGCGGUGUUCGGUUGAAAAAGUGUCCGUUUUCAGUUCCAUGAAAUAACCGUCGAACACCGCUGGUCUUUCGCAUGGUUAAAAUGGCCGCCGCCUCGUGGUCGACAUACGAACAACGACCACCCGGUAUUCGGUUUUAAUUGAGAAGUGUCUGUGGUUAACCGCAACGUUCUAAUUGGGAUCAAUAGGUUAACCAGCAGCACACUUCUCUUCUGGGUGGCCGUCCGUUCGGUAGUUCCGUUCGAGAAAAAAAAACAUUCCCUUAAACAAAGCAUACGAAUGGGGGAAUUCAUGCAAACGGCAAAACAGACGAACACAGUGCUUUUAGUUCAUACAGAUGGGUCUGUCACAUAUGUUAUGCAUAAAUUUAAUAAAAUGCAUAGCAUACCGUAUAUAUGUUAUAAAACCAUAUAUCAGUCCUACUUGCCUUGAAUUGCAUCAGACUUUAAAAAAAAUUGCAACAGUGCCAUUUUAUAGAUACAAGAAAAUGGUUAAAAAAAGGCUGUAAUAUUAUUCAAGCUAAAUUGAGGCAAAUGUAUAGUUAAAACAUAACUGAUGAUUUCAUAUUUGGCAAUUGUAAUAUGUGCAUCAUCCUACAGUGCUUAUGGUGUGUCCACAUUGUAGGCAUUGUGAAAACAGGACAGAUAUUCUCGCAGUCACUCUUAUCCAAGCUUUAGAUAUGACUAUCUUGUAAAUAAUAUGUUAUAUGUCUGCUGAACAUUUCACUUACUCAGGGCAUAUGCAAUACAUACCUACAGUACAUGAAGGUGUCCAUGUCAUUGACCAUUUGUUCACAUUCUCCAGUUCUCGACUACUAUAUUUAAUUAUUUCCUAUAUGUCAUAGAAUUAAACUAAUGUCACAGUUAUCAAAUUAUGUACCUUAAUUUUUAUAUUAAGGUAUUAUUAUUUAAAAUGCAGCAGAAUAUUUGUUUUUAUCUUUUUGGGAAACCUUCUACUUUUGCGCUUUGAUUCUGCAAAAAAAUAACCAUAUUUGCCUUUAUAGUAACUUUUUAUUUAUUUAUAGGUCACAUGUUGUAUUGGUACAUUUUAUUAAAAUAAAGAUCUAAAUCAUCACAUACAAAAUUAAGGUAUUUUUAGACUCCAGAAUAUUAAAUGUUUUUUUAGAACUGUAUUUUCUGAUCUGCUCCUGUGUUCAUUUUUUUCAAAACUAAACCAUUGUCAGCACAAAAGCAGGAUAUAAACCCUCAAUACUACAGGCAUAUAAAAAUAACCCAUGAAACCCCAUUUGCAAGUAAUAGAUGUGUUUAGUUAAGUAUUGUGCUUCCAAAGGUUCUUACAUAUGUGACAUAAAGCUUAUCUGUAAUCGUAAGCUCCAUAAGUCUGUUUCACAGCUAGAGAGUUGGGGUGCUUGAUAGCUAGCUUUCCAAAAUACACACUACUGAAACUGAGAUUUGUAUCAACCUAUUUUAUCUUAACUGUGUUAAAGGGCUAGUCUAAACACCAAAAUUCAUCAUCUUAAUGAAAUAAAUGAUUUGGGGUCGCAGAUACUGGCUCUGCAGUCCUGUAAAUGAAAACAGUGUAAUUUCUAUGUCACGUACUGUGUGUUCUCUAUGAGAAGCACCUGAUUAUAUAAAACUCAUCAGGAUUGAUAAUUUCACUGCAGGAGGAUCAGGCUGCAGUGAGGAGACUGGAAUAAAGGUGUUUUAUAACAAUUUUAUUAUUAUUAUUAUUAUAGGUUAUUAAAAAAUAAAUUAUAUUUUGCAUUUUGUUAAAUAUUAUAUAUAAAAUGUAUAUAAUAUUUUAGCAUGUUAGACUAUUAUUUGUGAUUCAAUUAUUUACCAAAUCAAUAAGGAAAACAAUAUCAUUACAUUUCAAUAUUUAAAGACAUUGCAGCAUUUAUCCAUAUACACACUGAUUAUUCCCUAAUAUAAUUUUUGACUAAACUUUGCAUGGUCCAAUCUAUGAGAAUUAUAAUAUAAAGGAGCUCUAAAAGUAAAUGUAGCCUAUUUUCAAAGAUAAAAAUGUCUCAAAUACACAUAUGGAGAAAGUUAUGUUUCAUUCCCGCCUAAAAUCUGGUUAUGGUUGUGUAAUUCAACCGUAAUUGUAUUAUUUUAUUGUACUUUAAUUUUUGAGUAUGUUCUUGUUUUUGCAAUAGGUAAAACCUGGUAGCACAUGUGCUGUGUUUGGCUUGGGCGGAAUUGGAAUGUCUACAGUAAUGGGAUGUAAGGUGUCUGGAGCUUCACGGAUCAUUGGCAUAGACAUCAACAAGCGCAAGUUUGCCAAAGCUAAAGAAUUUGGUUGUACAGAUUGCCUGGAUCCAAAUGAUUAUGACAAGCCCAUCCAUGAUGUUAUUGUGGAGAUGACUGAUGGAGGAGUGGACUAUUCCUUUGAAUGUAUUGGAAAUACUGAUGUCAUGGUAAACAUUGAGAUAUAAAAUAUAUUGAACCUCACAAAUUAUGGUCCUAUAAUUAUUUUUACUAAUUUCCUUAUUAACAUGUCUUUAGUUGUGUUAGUUAAUUCAUUACACGCUCUACUGAACACAAAUCUACAAAGCUUACAGGAUUAUUCAUUAAACACCGGAUUUUGUCUGGUGAACACUGCCAAAUUCCGACUGCUUUUGAAAUUCUCAUAUAUAUUAAAGCCAAAUUAAAUUAGGAUUCAGUGAUUGUGACCGAUUCGGUAACAUUUGUUUGGAUAAGUUUGAAAAAUCGCUAAUAUACUAAGCCAAUAAUACAACAAAUGCAUUCUGCUAGCUCCACCAGUGGGCAAACUAUUUGGAUUUUUAAAAAAUAGAUUCUUUUUUAUUCUCCGAGCCUGGAUUUUCAGCAUUUGGCCAGGAUUCCAAUCAUCCAAGGAUGUUUGCUCUGGCUGAAAUAUGGACCAAAUUCGGGCCCAUCAUCAAUAUCUGGAGUUUGCAGUCCAAAUGGCCCUGUGUGCAACUACAUGGACAUGGUUUUUCCCCAUUUAGUUUGUGCCAUUCAGACUUAAGUGAAUAAUCCUGUUAGUUCAAAGUCUUAAUACAUUUGUAAAAAUACUAGCACUAAUAUACUGCAAACUUUUAUCCUUUUUACACUAAUGAGUGUGUGUUUCUUAUUUUCUCAGGUCUCUACUAUCCUGGCUAGCCACGGUGCUUAUGGAAGUGUAAAUAUUAUCGGUGUCCCCGAUCAACAUGCAAGAAUGACUGUGGAUCCCAUGUGGCUGCUGACAGGACGCUCAGUAAGCGGAGCUUUCUUAGGAGGUAUGAUAUAGCAGAAAACAAAUCCUUUGAAAAUCAAGCAUAACUUUUAUGUGCUGGAUUCUCUUAACAUAGCAAACAUUUUCUCUGUUUACUGAAUAGCAAUUACUCCAUUGAAGUGUAUUAGGAAACUCCUAUUCAGUAAGCAGAGUAAACAUUUACUCUGUGAAGAGAAAAUAACAGGCUUGAUUCAUUGGUACCUGUAAAAACCAACAUAAGCAAUAAAAAGAUUUCUGAGCUAAUGUAAAGAAUUGUUCCAACCUUUGUACAUGAAGUGUUAAUUUAUGUUGAUGAUACAUCUGUGGUCUAAAUAAUGAACGGAAGGGGAUCUAAAAGAAGGAAAGUUGUGUUUAACCCCUUAAGGACCGAACUUCUGGAAUAAAAGAGAAUCAUGACAUGUCACACGUCAUGUGUCCUUAAGGGGUUAAGGUGACUGUAUAUUAAUAGUGUGAGGUGCUUGAAUCAAUGGGCAUAUAUUUGUAUUUCAAGCCUCAGGUCAUGUUUAUUAAAUUUUCUACAAAUUUUAUAUUUAGUAUUUAGGAAAUAUAGGAAUAUUUCACUAAACAAAAAGAGUGAUCAGUUUACAAUGACCUUGGUAAAUUAAAGAAACAUUAACAAUGCCUAAAGUCCCUUAGCUUGCUGAAAUACUUUAUGUGUGCAAAGUGUGUCUUUUUUUUUUUUUUUUUUUUACAAAGCUGUCAGUCCAUAAACUGUUCCUGUUACUUCCUGGUUGUUUAGCUCAAUGGAGCUAAACUCAAAGACUUCUCAUUGAACUGCAUUGGAAAGUCUGUGAUUGGAUAGCCACAGAAAGUUUAGGCUGAGGAAGUAGGGGCUUGCAGAGGCUGCAGACAAGAGACCUGCAGCUUUGGAAGCUGUUUUUAGAUUUACACCCGGUGAAAAAUGCAUAAUUAAAUGCAUGCAUGUUUUCUUUGGGGUGUAUCCACUAAAUGGUAAUUUAUUUAUUUAUUUUGGGGAGGGGGGGCAGUGGAGUGUCUAUUUAAUGUAAAUAAGCAUUUUUCAACCACAUCUCAUUGUUGAGAUAAUUAAUAAACAGAUGUAAAAUUUUUAUUUUUGUUUCUAACAAGGAAUGUUGCAAAUGCAUUACACUACUUCUGUUUAUGUUGAACUGUGCCUUUUGUUAUGUAAUUAGGCAAAUUUACUUGUAAAAUAUACAUUUUGUUUAAUUUUAAAGACUAUAAAGCAAAAGAAUCUUUCCCUGGCUUAGUAAAGGAUGCCAUGUGUAAGAAAUUCAACCUUGGCGGUUUGGUGACCCACAAAGUGUCUUUGGAAAAUAUCAAUAAAGGUUUUGAAUAUAUGCGCACUGGACAAUGGUAAGCUGUUAACUAUGGCUGAAAAAUGUAUAUAUGUAUGUAUAAUUAACCUAUAGGUUGAGAUGGACAAACAUAUAUACAUCUAAAUAUAUAUAUGUAUGUAUUUGAAACAUUGGUAGCAGUUGUUGAACAGAAGGUUUAAAGGGAUAUUCUAAGCACCAAAAUAAGAAGUGGAGUUUUUGUUGUUGUUGUUGUUGAUCAUAGCCCUUCUAUUGGUGAUUACAGUUUCGCACCAACUUAUUUUAAUCUAACAUUUGUAGUUCCACUGACAAUUUUCCACAAUUCCUGGGGAAUACAUUUGAUAUGUACGAAGCCUCAAAUGUAAUCCAAUAUACCAUAUUAAAUGAACUCUCCAAUGGAUAUGAGUAUUAUGUAUCCAGUUAUAUAUCAUGUUUUGGCGUCAUAAGGCUAGCAUCUUCAACAAUAUAUUCCAUUACACCUUUAGUGCCAAGGGUUAUUUACUCUGCAGUAAUAUUAAAAAUAUAGCUGAGAAAAUCAUGUGUAAAAAUUCUAGCCCUCUUUGAAAUUGAAAUAACGGAUAUGGUGAUAUUAAAAUAAUAUUUGUGUGUUCUUAUUUUACAGUAUUCGUUCAGUUGUUGAGAUUGCAAAGCCUUGAAGAAUGCUAGUAUUCAAGAGAAUCCUUUAUAUUCAUUUGAUAGACAAUGGGUGUACUUUGUGUUUAUCCAGUUAAUCAUUAAAGCUGCAAAUAUAUUUCAUUUUGUUGCUUUUCAGCCUAUUUGAUAAAUAUCUUACAUUUCUACUAAUCAGGCUUUUUAAAAAUCAUUUGCUUUAUUUUUUCUUUAAUAUGUUACUGAUUAAUAAAAAAUAAAAAGGCAUGAUUUUGGCAUAC